GCUGGAAACACCGUAGUCCUUGGGAUAAGACUUUAUCCAUCAUCUCGAAAACCUUGGCUGUCCAACCCGGAGUCAGCCUCCAACAGACAGCUGGAAGCGGCCUGUCACGUGGCCUUGGGGUGCCAAUGUUCUGCCAUAGGGGUGUCAAGACCCUGGUAGCCGGAAAAUUCAUUUUGGGGUGUCCCAGAGAUGCAGAAGACCACGUACUACGACAGCUCCACACUCUUUGGGGGUUACUCCUAUGGGAGUGCCAAUGGGUUCGGCUACGAGGGUCCCCAGCAGCCCUUCCAAGCAGCCUCUCACGUGGAGAACGACUACCAGAGGUCUGCCUGCUCCCUCCAGUCUCUUGGCAACACAACCCCGCACGCAAAAAGUAAAGACCUGAACGGGAGCUGCAUGAGGCCAAGUUUGCCCCAGGAGCACCACCCGCCUCCCCCUGUCUCGCCGCCCCCAAACCCCACCACCAACAGCACCAGUAGCAACAGCAAUAACCAGUCGGGGAGCAGUAAAACUGCCCCCAGCAAAGCCAACCUCAGUGCAAACGCCAGUCUCACCAAGCAGAUUUUCCCCUGGAUGAAAGAAUCGAGGCAAAACUCCAAACAGAAAAACAGCUCCCCCAGCACAGCAGAAACCUGCAGCGGCGAGAAAAGCCCCCCAGGCUCCUCGGCCUCCAAGAGAGCCCGCACAGCCUACACCAGUGCUCAGCUGGUGGAGCUGGAGAAGGAAUUCCAUUUCAACCGCUACCUGUGCAGGCCCCGCCGUGUGGAGAUGGCCAACCUGCUGAACCUCAGCGAGAGGCAGAUCAAGAUCUGGUUCCAGAACAGGAGGAUGAAGUAUAAGAAAGAUCAGAAGUCAAAAGGCAUGGGGUCUUCCUCUGGAGGGCCUUCCCCCACGGGCAGCCCCCCUCAGCCCAUGCAGUCCUCCGCUGGAUUUAUGAACGCCUUGCACACCAUGAGCAGUAACUAUGAUGCUCCCUCGCCGCCUUCCUUCAAUAAACCCCACCAAAAUGCCUAUGCCAUGUCAACUAACUACCAAAACCCCAUCAAAGGCUGCCCCUCCCAACAAAAAUAUGCCAACACGGCCCCCGAGUAUGACCCCCACGUCUUACAAGGGAACGGGGUGGCCUACGGGACUCCCAGUAUGCAGGGAAGCCCCGUCUAUGUUGGAGGUAACUAUGUGGAUUCUAUGCCCACCUCUGGCCCAUCCCUUUACGGUCUCAAUCACCUGCCCCAUCACCAGGCUGCCAACAUGGACUACAACGGGCCUCCACAGAUGCCCCCAAGCCAGCACCACGGACCAUGUGAGACCCACCCCACCUACACAGACCUUUCCACGCACCACGCUUCUUCUCAGGGCAGAAUCCAAGAGGCGCCCAAGCUGACCCACCUGUGAUAGGGAGCAGGGACAGGCUCAGGCGAAGGAGAUGGGACCUCUCUGCAGGGCAUGGGAGAGGCGAAGAGGGCAGGAUUGGCUUCAGGAACAUUUGUGUUGAGCUAUUUGAUUUCUUUCUUUAACAGGGCCAUUUCUACCAGAUUGGUGUGCUUGCUAUUAUAAUUUCUGGGUUUUAUUAGGCACAAUUUCCAAGCAUUUCAAUAUUUACUGCCAAAAGUAGCUCUCUCUGAAGAGACAUACCUCCAGUGUUUCAACACAAAUGCUUCUGAAAUGGGGUUGGGGUAGUUUUGUGGGAAUCAAGCAGAUUUUCAGCAGCAACAUCCUUAAUUUCCACGCCAAGUAUAGAACAUCACUGAUAAUUCUUGGACAUUGAUAAGGAGAUUAGUCAGCCAGCCAAGACUUGGUGUCUUUGCAUCUACGUAAACAUGCACACGUGUACACACACAUCCUAUCAAAAGAGAUUUGCCAGAAAAUUAUCCUCUCCAACUUCAUCUCAAGAGGAACAUCACGCUUUCCUUUCCAGCCUCCAGAGGUAGGGUGUCCUCUUUUGCUGAGUAACUUCCCACCAGUCCCCACCUAAACUGCAAAUAUACACACCUGCCAACGCGUGGGAUUCAUGCUCUUCCCCUCCAGUCCCUGCCUCCCCUCUCAAAAAUAAUAAUAACAACAACAACAAAACGAGAAUAAGAGUGAUCUAAGAGCUGAAAAAGGUUUGGGAAAAAAUGUUUGCAGUGCCCAACCCUGCCCCCCCCAACAGUAACAACAGUCCAAAGAGAGGAAGAAAGAGUUGACAGGUCUGAAUAUUUUCCCGCCUUCGCCUCUGAUGACAUGAAAUCUCCACUUGAUGACACCAGGGUUUUUUGUUUUGGGGGUAUUUUUCUUAGGGUUCAUUAACAGAAAAGCAAUCUUAAGACUUAGAAGUCCUACGCUUCUUUCCUCCUCUUCUCUUGACCUUACGUGAAAACAGGGUAUAUUUGAACAAACGGAAUGUCCUCCAAUCGAAGCAGAAGUGAAUGGAUCUCUGGUAUUUGCUAAUGCUUUCUUGUCUGGACAUCUUUGUUGCACUUAGAGUUUACAUAUAAUGGGUAUAAAAACAACUUUGAAGGGCUUUCGUCCAACUCAGUCGGGAUGCCCUUCAAUAGGUGUGUGUUCUGGUGAACAUUCAUAUAUAUUUAUUGGUUAUAGCCAGUUUAAAAUAUUUUCCUUUUUUUUGUAUUAUUUAUCCCCAAUAUUAUGUAUUUAUAUGAGAAAAACAAACAAACAAACAAACAAAAAGAAUCAAAUUGUACUUUUUUAGUAUUUACUUGUUACAAAGGACAUUGUGUUUCCUUGUCAUUGUACAACAAGCUUAUUUUAGUUAUUGUAAUUUAGGAAGACCAGUAGUUUUAUGUUACCUUCGUACUUAUGAAUAAUGUAAUUAGUUCUACUGGAGGCAUGAGAGCAGAACCGACUGUAAUUGUAUAGUCCUGAAUUAGAAGAACUAUAGCGAAUCCCUCCCUCCCACCUCACCCCUCCUCUUUGGAGAUCUUUCUUUGUUCUUACAGUAGUUCUUUUAUUUCC